AUGAGGAUGUUAAACGGCGAAGAACCUAUCUAUAUGAAUCCAUGGAUUAAAGGUUACCAAGGGAGCAUUCAAAGGGUCGAUGAUAACACAUACGUUAUCAGUGGUGAAGUAUCAAAGCUUAGUGCAACACAGAGAAUCCGUAAUGGAGAAUUUGUUGCACGGCUCAGAGAAAAUCCCGUCCCUUAUCACUUGAUCACUGGCUACAAAGAAAACCAUACGGACACUACUGUACGAUUUGUCGUAAACAUGACGGAAGAAAAGAUGCAACAAGCUGAGUCUCAGGGAUUCCACGACUUAUUUCGACUCCAAUCUACACUAACCGUGACACCCACGUUGCUGUACGAUCCAAACGGUUUUCUGAAGAUGUAUGACUCUAAUAAUGACAUCUUGAAAACAUACUUCAAUGUCCGUCUAAGUCUAUUCGAGGAGAGAAAAAAACUCUUAACUGGUGAACUUCAAGCUUCGUGUAAAAAGUUGACCAAUGAAAUCAGAUACGUUCGCGCAAUAUGGAACGGUGAUUUAAUUGUCAACCGCAAAAAGUGUUGGAAACGAAAGACGUCCCCAACGGCCGACGACGAGAUCCGGCCGAACAACCAGGAUUCCGGCCCAUUUAAGGGAAUAUGA